UUGAUGAAAAUAAAAUGGACGGGUUCUCACAAAUUUUCUCCAAUAUUUUCGCGCAUUAUUAAUUUUAUUACUAGGAUGGGAAAUUAUUGUCUUCCCUUAUUUAUUUAAUUAUUUUUAAGUUUGUGUAAGCCUGGAAUGCCGGCCACUCGUCCAUACCCUUUCAUUUUUUUUAUGCAAAGAAAUCGAUGUUGAUUAAAAAUGCCGAGCAUUAGAGCCCCUGCUACAAAGAAAGCUACAACUCUCACUGUUGCCGUAAAAUGCAGGCCAUUAGCCGAGAGAGAGCAUGGUCGCGACAUCGUUAGAGUUAUUGACGAGAAGGAGCUGCUUGUUUUGGAUCCUGACUUGUCUAAAUGCUACCUUGAACGCAUACAAAAUCGAACAAAGGAAAAGAAAUAUAGUUUUGAUUAUGCAUUUGGUCCUGAUUCCACAAAUCUGGAUAUUUAUAUGAAAAGCAUAUCUUCUGUGAUAUCUGGGGUUGUUCAAGGUCUCAAUGCAACCGUCUUUGCAUAUGGUUCAACUGGAAGCGGUAAAACCUACACUAUGGUUGGAACCAAAGAUGAUCCUGGACUUAUGGUUCUUAGUCUGCACAGAAUUUUUGAUUUAAUCCAAAGGGAUAAGAGUUCUGAUGAGUUUGAAGUUACCUGUUCCUAUCUUGAAGUCUAUAAUGAAGUUAUCUAUGAUUUACUUGAAAAGUCAUCUGGUCAUCUGGAAUUGAGGGAGGAUCCAGAACAAGGCAUAACUGUGGCUGGGCUGAGAUGUAUCAAGGUUCACUCAGCUGAUAGGAUUCUUGAACUUUUGAACUUGGGGAAUAGUCGAAGGAAAACUGAAAACACAGAGGCUAAUGCAACAUCCUCCCGGUCUCAUGCUGUUCUGGAGAUAACUGUUAAAAGAAAACAGAGGAACAAGUAUCGGAAUCAAGUAAUGCGGGGAAAACUAGCACUUGUGGAUCUUGCUGGCAGUGAAAGAGCUUCUGAAACAAAUAACGGAGGCCAGAAAUUACGUGAUGGAGCUAAUAUAAACCGUUCGCUUCUUGCAUUAGCAAACUGCAUCAAUGCUUUGGGGAAACAGCACAAGAAAGGCCUUGCUUAUGUUCCUUACAGAAAUAGCAAACUUACACGAAUACUUAAAGAUGGUCUUAGUGGUAACUCUCAAACUGUCAUGGUUGCUACAAUAUCCCCUGCAGACGGUCAGUAUCACCACACUGUGAAUACCUUGAAAUAUGCUGAUCGAGCUAAGGAAAUAAAGACACACAUACAGAAAAAUAUUGGUACAAUCGAUACUCAUGUCUCAGACUAUCAGAGGAUGAUUGACAGUCUUCAGAUUGAGGUUUGUCGAUUGAAGAAAGAAUUAGCUGAAAAAGACUCCCAGCUAAACAUCAAACCUGCUGAGAAAGCUGUUGAUGAUGAGCUAUCCUGGUUAAAUACUUUGAGUCAUCAGACCAGUGAAAAUGUUCAAGAAAGGAUAAACUUACAAAAGGCACUAUUUGAACUUGAGGAAACCAACCUGCGUAACCGGACAGAACUCCAACAUCUUGAUGAUGCUAUUGCGAAGCAACAGGCUAUUGAAAAGGAAGGAUCAGUUGUUGAGGCUCUGAGAGCGAGGAGACAAGUCAUUCUAGACAACAUCCGUGAAAAUGAUGAAGCUGGUGUUAACUACCAGAAGGAAAUUGAGUCCAACGAGAAGCAUCGGUGUCAACUUCAAGAUAUGAUUGAAGAGGCCAUUAGUAAUAAUGGAAAUAAAACAUACUUGCGGAUUCUUAGUCAGUACAGGCUAUUGGGAAUGACCAAUACAGAACUUCAAUUUGAAAUGGCAAUGAGGGAUCAAGUCAUCCACAAUCAAAGGGAAAUGGUAAGGAACAUGUGGGACUUGCUCAUGGGGUUGGGACUUGAUGAAAGACGGAUAUUGGACCUUGCUGCCAAGCGUGGAAUAACAAUAGAAGAUUGGACAAUGACACCAAAUCUUGGACAUUUAGCUAGUAAUCAGUCACCUGAUUUAGGUUUUGGUAGAAUUUCUCCAUCUGGAUAUUUUGACGUAGGCCAUUCAUAUUCUAGAUCAUCUUGCAUAUUUGAUCAAUAUCAAGAUUCUGGCUCGCGGUCGUUGCCCAAGCAAUGUAGGGAAUCACCUCGUGCUUUUUGUAGAGAAGAGCGUCAUGACUACUCCUUCUUGGUCUCUCAUGAUCACUCCCCAUCGGCAUAUAUGAGACUGAGGAAGAGUACUGAGCAUUGGGUUUGUGGCAGGCAAAAUUCAUGGAUCGGCAGUCCUGAUAAACCUUCUCAAGAUUUGCGAAGCUCAUGUCCAGAGAUGAGAGUUCGGUCUGUACCUUAUCGUGAAAGUUGCAUAUCUGCUAAUUCUGGCGAGCAGCAAAAGGUGGGAUGGAAUAAUACUUUGAGUAGGCAAGGUACGAUGGUGAAUCACCUCGGCACAGCCCGAUGUUUGUUCGGAUUUAGCCCAAUGGAACAAGGUUCUGGUAUGUUGAACUCCAAUCAUAGUUUCUCAAAUACCGAAUGCUCAAAUUUUCCGCAAUUCUCCAACAUGCCUAGCUUCGGUACUACAGGGGCAUUUCCUUUUGGCUCGAGUAACCCCAUGUCCAGUGGUCAUCCUCAGCACAAUUUUGUAUAGUCCUAAUCUCUAAUCUUUCUUUCCCUGAUUUCUGUACCCUUCUUUCUGACUCCUGAUUUCUUCUCAAAUAUGUACAUAGGUAUAGUAGUUGAAGUGGUAAUGAAAUUGAGGCCGUCCAUUGUUGGUUUCACUAGGAAGUUAUUUGUUAGCUUAGACAGGAUUUUAAGAUGGGCUUUGGAUAUAGAAAAAAGAUGAGAAUAGAAAGGGAAAAAAGGAGUGGCUUGUGUUGAUGAUGUUUUUGGCUAGUCAGUCGUCGACAGAGUGCAGAAUGUAGUUUUUGGGAAUGAGAUCAUUGUAGUGAAAUCGUUGUACAUAUUAUUAUGUCAUAUGAUUAGAAGAAUGUACAAAAUUGUCACAUUGCUUU